UCACAGUGACUUGCUCUUAGCUUUGGACGUGUCGUCCCCCAGAAGCAGUUUCCGUCAAAAAGAUCUUUGUGACUUACCUAUGAUGGAGGAAGGCACUUCUUCUUCUGGCUCACGACGAACACGGUCCCAAGUUGCUCCUGACUGGACACUCGAAGACUGUCUGAUCCUCGUCAACGAGAUCGCUGCUAUCGAAUCAGACUGCUCCAACGCUUUAUCCAGCUUCCAGAAAUGGACAAUGAUCUCAGACAACUGCAACGCUUUGGAUGUACACAGAACGUUUAACCAGUGCAGGAGGAAAUGGGAUUCACUGGUCUCUGAUUACAGCCAGAUCAAUAAGUGGGAGGAACGAGGCAGUAGCAAUUCGUAUUGGUCGCUUAGUGUUGAGAAGAGGAGGAAACUGAAUCUCCCUGGGGAUGUAGAUAACGAGCUUUUCCAAGCCAUUGAUGCGGUUGUGAUGAUCCAAGAGAACAGAGAUGGGAGUGAACCUGAUAGUGAUAGUGACCCGGAUGCUCUAGAAGACUUUGACGUUGUUGAUGUCACUCCUGAGUUAGGAUCAAAAAGGUCAAGACAGAGAACAAUGGUCGUCAUGAAGAAGGAGAAUCCACCACAGAAGAGAAAGACAGAAGAGGAGACACAGAGGAAAAACAAUCAAGAGCAAAGUGCAAAAGCAACCCAUCAGAAGAAAGCCUUGGAAGAGAAGAAGAAGAAGAAGAAGCCGGUGGUGGAAAUCUCCACUGAUGAAGAAGAGGAGGAAGAAAACACAAUGAGCAUAGAAGAAGAGGUCAAAGCGUUGGAAGCGAAGCUAGGUGAGAAAGCUGACUUGAUACAUGCAAUAGUCGGGAGAAAUAUAGCAAAGGGAAGUGAAACAGGGGAUGAUGAUGUUGGCAUUGAGGACAAGCUAAAGUUUGUGAGACAGCAAGGAGACGAGCUCAUCGCUUGUCUGAGUGAGAUUGCUAAUACACUUGAUAGGUACCGUGAAGUUCCCACAAGUAAGCUGAGUGAUAGAUGAUUUUCCAAGCUGAUUAACUUUCAGAUGUAAAUGUUAUUAUGCUAAGGCCUUUGCUCGUUUGGACUUAUCUAGUUUUAUCAUGUUUCAAAAGACUA